GUAAAGAUGGACUUUUAGUUAAAGGAAAGAAAGGGGUUUUCUUUGAAUCUAAAAGACAUUAAAUUCCAAGAUUGGACAGUGGGUGAUAUGGUUGUUUACAAGCGUCUGGUUUGAAUAUUUUUUUGAAAAAAAAGAAGGUUUCAGAGCUUAGUUUCAGGUGGUGCCCCAACAAACGCCCUUAGCUAAAAGAGUUGGAAUUAUAUCUAAUUAAUUUGAAGUCAUUCUAUUACUCCCAUCCGAAAGACCGAAAAUCCGAAAGAGAUGGAUCAUCCUAGAUAUUCGGUUGAUAUGGGUAACCUCGAGCGCAACCGAACGAAAGAGCUUGCGAGGAAGAGAUCCCGCAAAGGUAAAUCACAUAUCGGCUCUUCAUCUCAAAGUCGAGAUGAUUUUGAUACGAGUUACGUAAGGAGAGAUGGGGAUGCGAUGACCGACGAACAACUAGAACAAGAAUUGCACCGACAUAAUUCCUACUUUUUUCAAGACCAACCGAGGACCAUUGACGAAGAAGAGCUCGAGGACGAGGACGACGAUGUGGAGGAAGCAAUUCCGGAGAGCCACGACGACGAGGAGGAGAAGGGUGGCGGCAGCCAUGACGCCGACCAAGCAGCCUCAUCCCAAACAGGUACAAAAAAAGUAAAUCUGAAUUAAUGGCUAAUAAUUUUUCUAAGUGGAAGGACCCGAACACCGGGAAUUGGACCGCAACUUGCAAUUGGUGCAAGAAAAACUAUAGCUUGGGGAUUUCCGGCGGAUACGGAUCCGCCACAAGACACCUUAAGUCCAAACACCCGGUGGAGUAUGCAAAAUUAGGCGGCGGAACGGAGAAGCAAACGCAAAUAUCGAGGUUUGCAAAUAACCAACAAGCUUUUGGUAAUUUCUCAUACAAUGAUGCACAAAAUUUGACAGGUAUGGCUAACUUACUUGUUGAAGAAAAUUUGCCUUAUUUGUUUUAUGAAAGUCUUGCUUUUCGUGAUUAUGCACAAACUUGUUUAAAUCCGCAAUAUAGAGGUUAUAGUCGCAAAACGGUUAAGAAAGAAAUUUCAAGGCUUUAUGGUGCGGAAAAGGUAAGGUUACAAAAUUAUUUUGCAAACUUUGAUGGACGUGUUACUGUAUGUUCUGACAUAUGGGAUGAUACUUAUCAUAAUUUACAUUAUUUGGGUCUGACUGUACAUUAUAUUGAUAAUGAUUGGCAUAUGCAUAAACGUGUUCUUGCUUUCCGUGAAUUUAAUGAUCGCCACACCGCUGAACAUAUUUAUAUUUUGAUUGAACGUAUUUUAAUUGAGUAUAAUUUAAUUGAUAAGGUGUUUGCUAUUGGUUUUGAUAAUGCUACUAAUAAUACUGCUGCUAUUCCUAGAUUGCGUGAAUUGUGUGGUUCUACUUCUUUGAUGGGUAGAUUUUUUCAUCAACGAUGUGCAUGUCAUGUUCUAAAUUUAUGUGUGCAAGAUGGUCUAAAAGCGUCGGAAACAUCGUUGGAGGUAGUCAGGGGGGGGGUGGAUUAGACGUAUUUGGGGUAAUGAACAAUUUAGGAAAAAAUGGCAUGAUUAUUUGAUAGAAAGAGGUGAGAGAUAUGUGGCUUUUCCAAAAGAUUUGGCUAUUCGUUGGAAUAGUACCUAUAAGUUAAUUGGAGUUCUUCUUAGAUAUAAACAACAUUUUCCUGCUUUUAUGAAACAAUAUUAUAACUAUAUUAUAAACUCGGCUGAGAUCGACACCUGUGAAAAAAUUUGUAAUGCUUUGAUAUAUUUUAAUAAUGCAACUGAAACUUUUAGUCAUGUUUAUAAACCUACCUCAAACCAAUUUAUUCGUGAAGCUAUUAAUCUCGCCGGUGCUUUUUCAAAUUUUGAGAAUGCUGAUUAUGUGAGUUAUUUUGCUGGUUUUAUGAAGGAAAAGUUUUUAAAAUAUUAUUCACAUAUUCCGCAUAUUUAUGGUAUUGCAUUUGUUCUCGAUCCUCGUUUUAGACUUGGUUCUUUAGAAGAAUGUUUGAAUUAUUAUUAUGCUGCUUUUUUUGGUCCAUUGCCAAUGUAUGAGGACAACCCAAUUGAUCCGAAAAAAGAAUACAACGAGAAGAUGAUGAUUUUGACGUACUAAACUGGUGGAAGGGAAAAGAAAGAAUAUUCCCGGUUUUAGCAAAGAUGGCUAAGCAAGUGCUAUCAAUACCGGUUUCAACGGUUGCCGUGGAACAAGAAUUUAGUUCGGCCGGCAAUGUUCUAACACAAACCAGAACGAGGUUGAGCGCUGAAUCUUUUGAGAUGCUUAUAUGCUACCACGAUUGGUUGAAAGCAGCACGUAGAGCUCAAGAAAUUGACAUCACUCCAUCCCAACACUUUAUGGAUGAAUCUACAACAGAGGGUGGCUCUACCUAUGCCGGAGAUUCCGAUUAAAAACAAUUAUAGUUCCUAUUUAAAUUUCAAAUGUAGUUCCUAUUUCAUUUGAAAUAAAUGCACUUGAAGUUUGUUUUUUAAUACUUGUAUAAAACUAUAAAGUAUAAA